GUUAAGCGUGUUAGAAAUUUUUGUGUUAAUAUUAUUGAAAAGUAACAUAAAAUUGUUCAGUGACUUUAUAAAAUGGCAAGUAAGAGGCGUCAAAGGGCAGGAUGUGCCUGCUGCACAGGUUUAUCCUCACCAACCAAAUCACCAAGCAAUUCUGGCAACCAGCCAAAACUGGUUGAAUACGAUAACCAUAGUCCGUGCUCUCAUGAAAGUUGCAGAGUCUAUGGCGUCCAUGAUGAUCCCUAUAUACGACCCUUUGAUCCCAAGGAAUGUGAGAGUAAUGGUCGAUCCUAUAUUGACAAAUCCUUGGGCUUCCCACUUGGUAUUGUGACUGGCACUGUGGCAACAAAGACGGGCACGCCAAAUAUCGAAUCAGUUCGAUUUGCAAGCAAUUUAAAGGCAUUCGCAACUACCUAUUUUACAAGGCGCACCGAAUGGAAUCCUGAAUUGAUCGAUCAGAUUGUCGCCGAGGGACAAAUCUUGUACAGCGAUUCAGAAGCCAUGGAGUUUCCCAAUGCGAACGUAUAUCCAGAGGUAUAUGAUGAUAAUGAACAGGCUGUAACGCGACACUUUAAGAUAAAAGACAUUGAAUUUGCCAUGGAAUUGGAUGCACCCUUUGAACUGUAUGGAAUUCAGAAUAUAAUCGGACGUUUGCGUCGAAUUAUGAAUGCCUACUUUAGAAGGCAUAAGACAGCGGUAUUUUGGACCCCCAAUUGGUAUUUGCUAAUAUGGAAAGAUGCCGGCGUUUGGAUGGUACUCGAUUUAAACGGACGCGAUAAGGAUACGUUAAAAAUCAAUAAUGAUGGUGGCUUCCCAGUACUGCUAGCCAUGCGAUCCCUGGAUAAUGUCAUCCAUUUGAUCAAGGAGGAGAGUAAUCUCGAAAAGACGGAUCCAUUUACGCUGCGUGAUAUUUUAGUUGUUAGAUUGGUAACGCCGGGUGCAAAUGGACGCAGUCAGGAACGCGAUUUCGGACCACGUAUGAGUGAAUUUGAUGUAAUUGCCUCCGACUAUGCGUAUCUCAAGUCCAAUCUGCAUUUGACGCUCAAUCCAAAGGAUGCGCUCCGUAAUCGCAGCGCUUUACCGGUCGCUGUCGCCACAGCAUUGGCUUCCAAAAUCGAUCAUCCGGCCACUUGGGAUGCGAAAACCUACGACAAAGUUAUUUGCUACGGUGUUAACAUGUGCAAGAAUUGCUGGGAACCAUGCACGGAUAUUAAUCAGCCAAUGGAUUUGGAUACAUUUCCGCGGCAAAUUCGUUUGGGACAAUUUGUAGCCGAGGUAAUGCUCACACCGAAUGUCUACGAGGGAUGGUGGAAGUGUGUACCCAUGUACAAAUAUAAUGACUUUCAUUUAAUGCUUGAAAAGGCGUUGUCCGAAAACGAUUAUGUCAUCUUUCAGAUCAACAAUCAAAUGUAUUCGCUUUGGAAAAAGGGUGAAUUCAUUUAUUUAAUGGAUCCCUAUCGCCAUAACAUUGUUGGCCGCAUUCUUGAGGAGGGCGAGGAUCCCAAAAGUGCAUCAGUUCGCAUGUUUGGCAAUAUGGAUCGGCUUCUUAGCGUAUUUCAUCAGAUAUUGCUUGAAUCGAAUCGCUCAGCAAUAUUUCAUAUACACACGUUGCGUAUACGCAAUAUCACGGAAUGUCCACCUGGUACAGCGCCAAUGCUACUACCACCUGAUCAGGACAUCGAAGUUGCUUCGCUUAAUGAAAACAUACGCUUUGAUGAAAGCUAUGACAAAUGUCUUGAGGAACUGGGCGUGAUCAGUGACUAUGAGGAAGACUUGGCUUCCGAAAUUGAGCCGAUCGAGGAGGUCAGCUCAUCCGAAGAAAUGGUCGAGGAGGAAGAAGGCGGCGAAGCAGGUCCUGGUGAAGGUGGCGAAGAUGAUGAUGCGGACGAGGAUUAAACAAAUCAAAUAUUUGCUUGUCAUGUUUGGAUCAAUAAAUUUCAUUUGUUAAAAUA